AUGCCGGUCAAAUUUCAAUACAUGCAACUGUGUGGAAUUUCAUUAAUAAUAUCUGGAUUUUUGAUAUUAUGCGAUUGGCCAAAAGUAUUAUUAUCACGAUUAAUUUUACCGAUUGUGGGUUCACAAAAUUUACCGCAACCACCAUUAUAUUAUGCAGCCUUAGUGCUGCUUGGUACUGGAUUGAUAAUAUGUUCAGCAGCCGUAUUGGGAUGUUGGUCUGCUUGUAUUUUUAAUUAUUUUAUUUUAACGAUUUUAGUUUUAAUAUUAUUACUAAGCGAAUGUAUAAUUUAUGGAAUGUUGUGGCUAUGGCCUGGAUGUAUUGGGUUAACUGUAUCUCCAACGUAUUUAGCAAGAACAUUACAAAGAAAUUAUGGCAAAACGGGGUUUGAACAAUAUACAGCCGCUGUGGAUUAUGCUCAAACUAACCUAAAUUGUUGUGGUAUCACAUCGAGUUUGGAUUAUGAUGCAUCCAUAUGGAAAUUACAUGGUGUAGCAAAAAUGGAAAAUGGUGUUCCUAUGACUUGUUGCAUUAUAACAAAUAUUCAUGAUCCAAUGGCUUAUAUGAGACCAUUACCAUUGAAUCAAACUAAAUGUCAGAUUUCUGAAGCGCAGAAAAAUGUUGGGUUUAGACAUCAAGAAGGAUGUUCGAAUAAAUUAAAAAAAUGGUAUGAAAAACAAUAUGGAUCAUUUUUUAUCGCCGGAAUAUUUGUUAUAUUGAUAGAAUUUUUUGUGCUAUUAAUAAUUUUAUUAGCUUGUACACGAGUAAAUCGUUCACGAUUAAAUGAUCAUAAUUCAAAUUCAAAUGAUUCACGAUCAACGCGCGGUGUUUAUAAUUUAUCAGAUUUACAAGCACAAUCAAUGAUGUGGUAA